GCAUACCAUAUCUUUCUUUGGAAGUGCUUUGCGUCUGAGUGCACGUGGGUCUGUAAAUAUGGAAAACUGAAGUAGCAAAGUAGAUUUAUUGUUCCAGGAGAGAUCAAAAUGCCGGAAAUAGAAGAAAUUAAACAAGCAGUCAAACGUCGAGCCCAGAAUGACAGUCCUAUGGAGAUUGACCAUGGCAUCGAAGGGAAAGCAAAGCCUAAUUCUCUUCCAGCUAAAAGACAGAAGAAUAUUUCUGCGGAAAAAGUGGAAGUAAGAAAAGUUCCCGUGCCAGCUCAUCGUUAUACACCACUCAAAGAAAACUGGAUGAAAAUAUUUACUCCUGUCGUUGAGCAUUUGCAUUUGCAAAUAAGAUUCAAUCUGAAGACUAGACAUGUUGAAAUACGUACGUGCAAGGAGACAGAAGAUAUAGCAAAUCUACAGAAAGCUGCUGACUUUGUGAGAGCAUUUGUGUACGGUUUUGAAGUGGAAGAUGCCUUAGCGCUUUUACGUUUAGAUGAUUUAUUCAUUGAAUCAUUCGAGAUCAAUGACGUUAAACCCUUAAAAGGUGAUCACUUGUCUCGUGCAAUUGGAAGGCUAGCAGGAAAAGGUGGAAGAACUAAGUUUGCAAUAGAAAAUGCCACGAAAACUCGAAUUGUUUUAGCAGAUUCGAAAAUACAUAUUUUGGGAUCGUUUCAAAACAUCCAAGUUGCCCGAAGAGCUUUAUGCAACCUGAUUCUUGGUAGUCCACCUUCCAAAGUGUAUGGGCAACUACGAACAGUUGCAAGUAGGAUAUCAGAACGUGUGUAAAAGUAUUAUGUAUUGUAAAGUUUACCAAAUAAUAUUGGCUUGAUUUGUGAAUAUAAAAACCAUAAUAAAACUUAUGUACCAUAA